CACGGGCCCGCCCCGGCUCCAUCUUGCGGGCGAGCGGGUUGGGCUGUGACGCUGCUCCAGGGGUCAGAAUGUCGUACCCAGGCUAUCCCCCUACAGGCUACCCACCUUUCCCUGGAUAUCCUCCUGCAGGUCAGGAAUCAUCUUUUCCCCCUCCAGGUCAGUAUCCUUAUCCUAGUGGCUUUCCUCCAGUAGGAGGAGGUGCUUACCCACAAGUGCCAAGUAGUGGCUACCCAGGAGCUGGAGGCUACCCUGCACCUGGAGGUUAUCCAUCCCCUGGAGGCUAUCCUGGUGCCCCACAGCCAGGGGGAGCUCCAUCCUAUCCUGGAGUUCCUCCCGGCCAAGGAUUCGGAGUCCCACCAGGUGGAGCAGGCUUUUCUGGCUAUCCACAGCCACCUUCACAGUCCUAUGGUGGGGGUCCAGCACAGGUCCCACUACCUGGUGGCUUUCCUGGAGGACAGUAUCCUGGAGGACAAGCUCCUUAUCCUAGUCAGCCUGCUGCGAUGACUCAGGGCACUCAAGGAACAGUCAGACCAGCUGCCAACUUCGAUGCUAUGAGAGAUGCAGAAAUUCUCCGUAAAGCAAUGAAAGGUUUUGGGACAGACGAGCAAGCAAUUGUGGAUGUUGUGGCCAACCGUUCCAAUGAUCAGAGGCAAAAAAUUAAAGCAGCUUUUAAGACCAUGUAUGGCAAGGAUUUAAUCAAAGAUCUCAAAUCAGAGUUAAGUGGAAAUAUGGAAGAACUAAUCCUUGCCCUGUUCAUGCCUCCUACAUAUUAUGAUGCCUGGAGUUUACGGAACGCGAUGCAGGGAGCAGGAACUCAGGAACGUGUAUUGAUUGAGAUUUUGUGCACAAGAACAAAUCAGGAAAUCCGAGAAAUCGUCGGAUGCUAUCGAUCAGAAUUUGGACGAGACCUUGAAAAGGACAUUAGGUCAGAUACAUCAGGGCAUUUUGAACGCUUACUUGUGUCCAUGUGCCAGGGAAAUCGUGAUGAGAACCAGAGUGUAAACCACCAGAUGGCUCAGGAAGAUGCUCAGCGUCUCUAUCAAGCUGGUGAGGGAAGACUAGGGACAGAUGAAUCUUGCUUUAACAUGAUCCUUGCCACGAGAAGCUUUCCUCAGCUGAAAGCUACCAUGGAGGCUUAUUCCAGGAUGGCUAAUCGAGAUUUGUUAAGCAGUGUGGGCCGUGAAUUUUCCGGAUAUGUUGAAAGUGGUUUGAAGACCAUCUGUAAGAUACUUUUGUGCUUUGUUUUGCUUUGUUUUAUUUUUUUUCUAACAUCAGAAAUAUCAUUUCUUAUGCAGAUUGAUCUUGUGCAGAUAAAACAGAUGUUUACUCAGAUGUAUCAGAAGACCCUGGGCACAAUGAUUGCAAGUGAUACGAGUGGAGAUUAUCGAAGGCUGCUUCUGGCCAUUGUGGGCCAGUAGGAAGGAUUUUUUUUUUUUACAUGAAUGAAGCUAUUCAUAGUUUAUCCUUCAAAGCAGUGACUGACCUGCAUGCAGCAAUAUCAACCAUCACCUAACCAAAAGAGGUUUUUACUAAGGACUAUGGCAGGGUAAUGUGCUUGGUCUGCACAUGUUGUUAUUGCCUUAAUUCUAAUUUUUUUCUUUAUAUACAAUCAAUGUAAAGCCAUAUCACUAUGAUGUAGUAAUAUCACAAUGUUUGUUAAGCUUCAUUCUCACUGAUCUUAUUCUAAUCAGAAUGUCAAAUCGAAUAAAAAUCAAAACAAUCUCU